AUGACUGAGGCCUCUGAAAUACAAUUUGCCUCUGCGUCUGAACUAGACGGCGGUAAAGCCAAUAGCAGCGAUGAUGGGGGCGAAGUACAAACAACGCGGGCCCCGGCCGUUGUUCAGCCUCGUCCCAUCGAUCAACCGGCGGAGGAACUCAUCUCGACCAGCGACGGUGAGCCUGCUUGGCUAGGAAUGGAGACUCCUUCGGGUGAUGUUCAACGUAUAAUUGCUUCUUUACCGAACCUCGAUGAAAAUCCGCAUCGAGGUAAACCAAUUGUUUGGGGUUCUCUUGAGCAGAGAAUAGAGGAUUCGACGCAACGCCGAUUAAGUCAUUCGUCUCCUGGAGGUCGACGUUCCCCUAUGUUUUUCGCGUAUCCUGGGGAAUCUUGCGCUCUUUAUACCGAAUUACUGCAAAAUGGUGGUGCUGGUACGCACCCACGCUCUACAUGUAGAGAGCAGACACCAUUGAUUACAAACACAAGGACAGAGGAACCGGAGAUUGCGCCUUUACAGGGCGCAAUUACGAGAGCUGGAAAGGCGUGUAGAGAAGGUCUAAGGGCGUGUCAUUCGCCAAUCUCUCUCCACUUGAUGACAGAAGAGAUGAUGACUUUGACGGAUGGGGGCACAUUUCCAUCUUGUAGGGCAGUAACUACGCAUCAGGAGUCCAGAAGCUUGGUUCUGGCAUCAGACGCAGAAGCUUCCUCCAUUUUGGUUUCCACUGUUCAGGAUGAAACCACGGAACCAAGAACGGGUCCGGCUUCGCAUCAAACACCAGCUCUUCGUCGAGAGAGCCCCUUGAACCCACAGGAAUUGGGGGCAUCAACAGCGCCGCGUACAUCUGACUUCCGUUCUGAAAGUUCUUCUAAUGUACAGAAUAGUACUAGCAUUGCUAUUGAUGUAGCAGAUGGGUCAAGUAACCCGGCUUCAAACGCUACUCAAUCUACCUCACUUAACGCUAACCACCCAGUGGCUGACGGAAGCCUAAAUGUGCCCAAUGUGGGUGACGAGUUUUGUCUGCACUCUGAUGCCUUGCACUCCUUUGGGGGCACACGUAGAGCUGUGGAGGCAUUAAGGCAAGUAAGGUCCACUCGAAUGUUCGAAUCACCUCCCAUUUCUCAUGGGGCAACAAGCAGCGUCAGUGGUAGUGCAGGGGAGUACCCAUUCAGGCCAUUGUUUAGGGAUAAUCUGGACGACAAUUUCAUUGGAGAAACGGAUCUCCUCCAGUCCUCCCGUCUGGCCUACAUUCCACCCUUUAGAAGGCCUUUUGAUGUCACGCCUCUUCUUGAAAGGGCGGAGCGUGAUCUAGCAAGUGCGACAACGCCCCUCGUACCUGUAUUGCCUCCUUCACUCCCUGGGAGUGAAGAGGUGGCAGUGAGAAGCUCACUUGACUCUCUCACAUUGGGGUCAAUAUCCUGGUUAAAUUCAGUGGCUGAUUCAGGCACUAGGCGACAAAAUUUGCGACAAGGGGAACAAGGAGUUGAAGGGGUCGCGAGCGCUUCUUUGGAUGUCGCAGAGGAAGGGAAGGAUUCAACUGGGGGGACACUAGGGGAAAGCAAUUGGAAUCAACAGACUACGUACAUUGCCGAUGCUCCAGCACGCGCAAACAUGAGUAAGAACUAA